AUGACGAUACUAGACCUAGAACGUUUAUAGAAGUAUUCAUAGAAUCCAGAAACUUUCUGUACUUUGUAGAACAUUUUCUAAAAGUGAGAAUUCAGCGUAAGUACUAUAAUCGAUUAGUUGUUGACUGAGGAAAGAACUGUUGAUGGAGUAAAGUUAUUUAGAUCACUGAGAAUUAGUUAGUGUGUUCGUCAGCAAAUUGGUAAGCUGUUACAACGAAUAGGUGACUACCAAGAAAUCAUCACGCGUGAAAUGAAGGCUUAGAACGAUUUCGUAUUUGUUUACAGAACUAUUUUUCAUCUCGUAGGAAGUCAUUGAGUGUCCUGUUCGUUCUAUGUUGACGUAUAGGCGAACCUGAAAAAUCUGUAUGUAGUAUCGCGAUAAGUUAGGUUGGAGGUGGAGUGGUAUUCUACGUUAUAUAUAAUUGUAUAGAAACUUUUACGAUAUAUUCGAUCGCGGUAACAGUUUUGUGAAACGAUAAACUAUAUACAUUAAUAACCUUUGCUAACCAAAAUGUCCCAAGCUAGGGAUGUCAUAGAACAAAAAGGACCCAAUCAAAUUGUCCGUAUCCGCAGGGAUAGUGAAACGAACUUGGACGACCUGUUCAAAGCGGUGCUACAACCAAAAGACAGUCAGGUGCAGCUCAGUCGAAGGACUGUUCCCAUGAGACUUCGUAAUUUGCCACCGUCUUUUUUUCAACAGCCAGAAACAAAAUCUGCGUCUCACAGUCGAGAUUCCAGUUGUGAUGCAACCUUUUCUCCAACUUGUGUGAGCCCAGUGUCAGGUGCUCCACCUUCACCUCAGCUUCAAGUUCAAGCUCAGCAUUCUAUUUCAACUAAUAUUAAUAAUGCUCUUCAAGUACAUCAUCCUCGUGCAAAUUCCUCUCCAGCAAGUCUUGAACAGACCUAUAACCAGAAUUCGGGGCAGCAACAUCAACAUUUAAGACAACACAGCUAUGACAACAUGAUUGAUGAUGUUCCUCUGCCAUCAGGCUGGGAAAUGGCAAGAACUUCUUCAGGUCAACGAUAUUUUCUUAAUCAUGAAGCCAUACACACACAGCUUACCUAAUGUUAAUGUAAACUGUGUUUAAUGUGCUUGAAGUUAAACCAGUCCCUAGAAACUUUAUUAAUGGCAAACCUGGUAAUUCUAGUAGUAACCUAAGUGUUAAAGUAUGCUAUAUGAUAAUAAUCUUAAUCCUGGUGAAUAAAUCAUUUGAUUUGCAUAAUGUGAACAAAUUACUUUGAUAGGAAUGCUGCUUAUCUUUUAAAAACUGUUCAUUAACCUCAUCCAUAUUAUAUAAAAAUAAUUUCACAUUAGAGAAUUUUUCAAAACUUUUAGGACAUUGAAAUUCUGCUAGACCAACAUGAAAGUGUCCCACA